AUGCAUGGAAGAAAGUCAACGUCCUCGAAAGAAAAUGAGAAAAGUUUCUCCUGCUGUGUAGCGUCCUCGAAAGAAAAUGAGAAAAGUUUCUCCUGCUGUGUAGCGUCCUCGAAAGAAAAUGAGAAAAGUUUCUCCUGCUGUGUAGCGUCCUCGAAAGAAAAUGAGAAAAGUUUCUCCUGCUGUGUAGCGUCCUCGAAAGAAAAUGAGAAAAGUUUCUCCUGCUGUGUAGCGUCCUCGAAAGAAAAUGAGAAAAGUUUCUCCUGCUGUGUAGCGUCCUCGAAAGAAAAUGAGAAAAGUUUCUCCUGCUGUGUAGCGUCCUCGAAAGAAAAUGAGAAAAGUUUCUCCUGCUGUGUAGCGUCCUCGAAAGAAAAUGAGAAAAGUUUCUCCUGCUGUGUAGCGUCCUCGAAAGAAAAUGAGAAAAGUUUCUCCUGCUGUGUAGCGUCCUCGAAAGAAAAUGAGAAAAGUUUCUCCUGCUGUGUAGCGUCCUCGAAAGAAAAUGAGAAAAGUUUCUCCUGCUGUGUAGCGUCCUCGAAAGAAAAUGAGAAAAGUUUCUCCUGCUGUGUAGCGUCCUCGAAAGAAAAUGAGAAAAGUUUCUCCUGCUGUGUAGCGUCCUCGAAAGAAAAUGAGAAAAGUUUCUCCUGCUGUGUAGCGUCCUCGAAAGAAAAUGAGAAAAGUUUCUCCUGCUGUGUAGCGUCCUCGAAAGAAAAUGAGAAAAGUUUCUCCUGCUGUGUAGCGUCCUCGAAAGAAAAUGAGAAAAGUUUCUCCUGCUGUGUAGCGUCCUCGAAAGAAAAUGAGAAAAGUUUCUCCUGCUGUGUAGCGUCCUCGAAAGAAAAUGAGAAAAGUUUCUCCUGCUGUGUAGCGUCCUCGAAAGAAAAUGAGAAAAGUUUCUCCUGCUGUGUAGCGUCCUCGAAAGAAAAUGAGAAAAGUUUCUCCUGCUGUGUAGCGUCCUCGAAAGAAAAUGAGAAAAGUUUCUCCUGCUGUGUAGCGUCCUCGAAAGAAAAUGAGAAAAGUUUCUCCUGCUGUGUAGCGUCCUCGAAAGAAAAUGAGAAAAGUUUCUCCCGCUGUGUAGCGUUCUCUUAA